CUUGAUAGGAAAACCUGCACUUAGUAAUUUGCCUACCACUUGAGAAACUCGAAGUCAUAUGACCAGACAGCUAUUUUUGUACUAUGAGUAACAUAUAGAGGUGGAUAAACUAAAAUUUAGUUCUGGAAAAUCCAUAUCAGUUGCACAAAAUCAGGAAGGGGGCGCAUACUACGCUCACAUGUUCAAAACUGAUUCGCUUGUUAUUAUCAUAGGGCACUGAUAACCAAGAUGUGUAGGAUAUAGAGUAAAUAAUAUUGUACCUACAAAUAGCACAGGUUAUAGGAGGACUCCAAACUUUAUCAUUGUCUAUAUCAAAAUGGGCACCCCCCAGGAUCUGUUGAGGUGUGGUAUCUGUUGUGUGAACAGGAGUCUGCCUGCAUACUGUGUGGACUGUGCCGAAAAACUGUGUACGGAAUGCUGGAGGACCCACUCACAGCUAUUCAAGGAGGAUCAUAUGGUGCUCCCAAUGGCGGAGUCCAAGUGUCCCGAACAUUUCAAAUUCUACGCCGUCCACUGCAAGAUGUGUGACAUUCCUAUCUGUAGAGAUUGUCUGACUGGCUCCCAUAAUGGACAUAAAUUUUCUAGUAUCAAUCAGGCCAAAGAGGAAAAACUAAAGGAAGUAAAGAGGUAUACAAAACAUUGGAGAGAGGAUGUCUGUCCAGUUUAUCAGGCUUUGGAAGGCCAAGCCAAAGCACAGAGAAGCAAUUAUGAAUCAGAAAUAAUAGCCGUGAAGAUGACAAUUAACUCUCAGAGAGAAAUGCUGAAACAAAUGGUUGACAAUUUGUGCGAUGACAUGAUAGAAUCUGUACAAACAACCCUUGAGGCUCACGGCAAUCAAAUCAACAGUGAAUUGCAAGAUAUAGUUGCAGGAAAGUUGGAAAUUGAAAAUGAAAUUAGAAAGAGCGAGGUUAUGUCCGAGAGAGGGAUACUGGAAAUCAAGGAAUUUCUGGACACUCUUCCUCAUCUGAGGGACUCACUUGCCACUCCCCCAGCAUUAUCCAUGCCUAUACCUUCUAGAUUUUUCCCGGCUGAAAUAUCAGAAAGAACUCUCAAACGUUUGGUUGGCAGUGUUCUGCUAGUCAGCAUGCACAGCAGUUUUUCCUGCAAACUCCCAGUGUCAAAUAUCCAAGCCUGUUCAGCCAAUGAAGUAUGGGUAAGCUUCCAUGAUGAUAAAAUGUUCACCAAGUAUGCAUACAAACAGGACAAAGGCACAGCAGUGGAAGUAGAAAAUCUGAACCUGCAGUUCAAACCUGAGUGUUUUCUUCUCUUGAAAAAAGACUGUCUUCUUGCAUCAGACAGGUUCAACCACUGCAUUUGGAAAAUCGAGAACAAAGGAAAGCCACAGACGUUCAUAAGAACUUCUCCGUCCAACCCAAAGGGCAUGUGUCUGAACAACAGACAAGAACUAGUCGUCUGCAUCUCCGGACUGACUGGUAGUCUGAGGAUUUACUCUGGGGACAAGUACCAAAACAACAGAGAUAUUGCCAACCAUCUGCUCAAUGCUCCCAAUCGAGUGGCUCAAAAUGGUGAUGAAAACUACAUUGUCCUCGACGACCACCUCCAAACUCAUUACGUCAUUGCCAUAGACUCUAAAGGCACACUCAAGUGGAAAUUCAAAGGUUUGGAAGAGACCAAACAAUUCUUCUUCCCAAGAAGUGUUUGCUGCGAUUCUCUGAUGAACAUUAUUCUCUCAGACUUUGGGAACAAUUCUGUGUUGCUUCUGGAUAAAGAUGGAAGAUUUCUGAUGAACCUUCUCAGUGAUAAAUAUGGCUUACAGAGCCCCAGGGGGGUAUGUCUGGACAGAGAGGGAAAACUGUGGGUAGGGCAAGGGGAUGAUGGAAAGGGGGAGUGUCACAUUGUAAAAUACAUCAAAUAAUUCUCCAAAUAAA